CCAAAGAUAACGCAACAGCGAGUCAGGGAAGAGAGCUUCACUUUCCUUUCCACACACCAUCCCUCUCGGUCUCGGCGGCCCGGCCGGCCGGAUCCCCAAAUGGAGGCCAAGGACCUGUGCGCCGUCGAGAGGCGCGGCCGCGUGCACCUCAUCACCAUCACCGGCGCGGGCGACCACCGCCUCAACCCGGCCCUCCUCGCCGCCCUCCGCUCCGCCGUGGCCGCCUCCGCGGGCGCCGGCGCGCUCGUCCUCGCUGCCGAGGGCAAGUACUUCUCCAACGGCUUCGACCAGGCGUGGGUGCGCACGGCGCCGCCGCACCUCCACGCCACCAUGGACGGUGGAUUCCGCGCGCUGGUCGCCGACCUCCUCGCGCUGCCCGUGCCCACGGUCGCCGCCGUGACGGGCCACGCCGCGGCCGCCGGGUGCGCGCUGGCCCUCGCGCACGACGCCGUGGUCAUGCGCGGCUCCCGCGGGUUCCUGUACAUGAGCGAGGUCGACGCCGGGCUCAAGAUCGUGGACUUCUUCGCCGAGCUGAUCCGCGAGAAGGUCCCCGACGCGGCGGCGAGGAGGGACCUGGUGCUGCGCGGGGACAAGAUGACGGCGGCCGAGGCCAAGCGGCGGGGCAUCGUGGACGCGGCCGUGGACGGCGGCGUAGGGGACGUGGUGGCCGCUGCCGUCGCCGAGGCCGAGCGGCUCGCGGCGAGGGGCUGGGACGGGGAGGUCCUGGCCGAGAUCAGGAAGGCCGCGUGGCCCAAGGUGUGGGGCAAGGUCAAGGACCACGGCGCCGGGCCGGCAGCCGCGCGGCCGCGGCUCUAGGCGCGCGCCGCGUGGUACGGACGGUCGGCGGCUGCGCUGGCUGGCUGGUACUAGCAACAGUGACGUGCUUCACAUGAUUCGCCGUUGACUGGAACAUGUAGCUGGCCAGCUAGGUCAAUAAAUCUAGAUGAAUGUAUCCUGCUUGCUGCCUGUAGUUAGGAAGCAGAUGAUCUGAUUGAACUGCUCUAGUGAUGAUCUGAUUGAGAGUGUUCAUGCCACCAAGAGCUCUUGUUGUGUGUAACAUUGAUAGUUGAAUC